UCGAAAUGCCAAGAAAACAAAACAAAAAUUAUAUUAUUCAAACAAACCAGUAUUUGUUUGUUUUUUUUUUUUUUUUUUUUGUUUUUUUUUUUUUUUUUCUGGGUUCGCACGGCUUGUGCAUUUAGCCAAUGACAUUAUUUUGGGUAAAGAAAAAAAAAAAAAAAAAAAGGAGAAAAAAUCCAUUUCGGAGAUAAAUAAGUAUUAAUAAAUUAAAUAGUUAUUUUGGUUCAAAAAACAGUUAUUAAAAAUGGACCUAUUGAAAACUCCUUCCGUACAAUCUUUAUUAGACUCUGACUUGGAAUCUGUUGAGAGUCUUCAAUAUUUAGAUAUUGAAGAGCUAGAUGAGGUUGAAUAUGCUUUGCCUCCAAGUUAUGCGCCUACGCUAGCCGAAGUUUUGUCAACAGAUGAAGAAGAAGGUGGUAUUUCAGAAGCUAUUAAAAAUAAAGAACUCUUUUCCUGUUCAACACUUCAAGUGGAUUUUCUACAAGCUGUUUCCCAACAACUAACACAUGCUCAAGAACGAUCAUCGGCUGGAACAGCAACUUCACUAAGCGUAGGAACUGGGGGAAAAUUGACAGUGGGGACAGCACAUGGACAACUUCUAUCAUUCUUUGAUCAGACGUUACGAUGGGUCUGUGAUUCUAAUGUAGAUAAAGGUGCAGUUUCAUGUUUAGCAUACAACCAGGACAGUACGCGCCUGUUAGCGGGAUAUGCACAAGGUUUAAUAUGUCAAUACGAAAGUAUAAGAGGCAUAUUAUUAAGGCGCGUCACAUUAGGUGGUGACAUAUGGGGUAUCCUGAGAGUGACAUGGGCAGGUACAUCAGGCUUGGCACUAGAUACUGGUGGUUCCGUUUGGUUGAUUAAGUUCUCUAGACCACUGGGAGUACGAGCUGCACGCACUUCGUGUCUAUUCUCUGGAGCUCGAGGAGAAGUUGUAGCAAUGACAGCACAAGAUGCACGUGUAUUAGCAUUAGCGACCUUAUCUCGAGUAAUAAUUGUGGCUGGUGGAAGAGCAGCAGGUGUACGUCUCGGAGGGCCACCUGACACUCUUCCUGUACUAGAAUGGUGCGAAACUGACGAUAGAAUAUUAGUUUGUGGUCGAGCUAAGACAUUGCAGUGGUUGUCAGUGACAGUAACUGGAACAUCAAUAUCAUUACGAUCGUUACAACGUGUGGAGCUGAAAACUACACCUCUAUGGUUGGGUUGGCUCGGCGGUAAUUUGGCUAUUUUUGAUGCCAAUGAAAACAUAAGAUUAUGGGGAGAGGAUUAUGACAAGCCUCUUGAUUUAUCACACGUUGAACCAGUUUAUGCAUCUGCUUUCUUCAAGGGCUUAUUUACUGAUGGCAGAGUAUCACGCGCCAUGUGCAAAGCUGGAGUUAGUGCCCUAGGAGGGGUUUGUGUUGUGGAAGGCACAUUGUCGUUGCUAGGCAGGCGCGGUAUAGUGCGAGUCAGACCGCGAGACCUUAUCACUAGAACUAAGACUUUGCUGUCAUCUGGUCAUCAUUUACAAGUUCUACGUAUACUGUGUAGCUGCCAUGGGACUGAAGCAAAAUCACUGGCUAAUCAACUCAUAGUGAAUAUAUCUGAAAGACCACAUUUACUGUCGAACAGAAAUAUGGCGGAGCAAAUUAUAAAACUUUGUUUGAAAUUCAAUUUGAGUCAAGAACUAUGGACGACGUUAUGGGAGCAUUGUUCAAAUGAAAACGCAUUUGUGGAGGCAUUGGGUGAUGCGGCAGUUCGUGGAGACUUCACUACGAAUCCUCCAUCUCCAGAUGCAACACAGGCUCUAAUAGAAAGGCUUGCGGAAUUCGAGCCGGGCCUGGUGGAGCGUGUUGUCGCGUCGCUGCCACUUACUGCCCUCGAUCCACACCGUGCUAGCGUCUUCACCAGGGAGAAGAAAUUGUGGCGGGGUGUUGGGGCAAUAGCCGCCGCUUUGGGUGGCAGUAGCGGCGCCAUGCGCGAGUUAGCGCCGCACGUGCGUGCUGGGUGCGGGGGCGCGGGCGGAGCGGGGUGCGGGUGCGCGGGGGACGCGCUCGUGCUGGCGGCGGCGGACGCGCUCGCUGGCCGCGGCGCAGCCGGCCGCCCGCUGCCGGACCACGCGAGACCGUCCGCCAGGCACGACGCUCUACACGCACUACUAGACCCCGAUGUUCGAUGUGAGGGCCGGUCGCCAUUACACGUAUUGGUGAUGCACGACGCGAGUGCGGCAGUGAGACUACUAGAGCAGAGCGCUCGCGAACCCCCAUUCGCGGGACCGCUCGCCAAACAGAAUCGACUGCGAGUAGCGCGAGCACUACUAGCAUUGGCACCAGAAUUGCAGGCGAGUUGUGAAAAUAAGGCGCGCACUGAAAUAUUGGAAUUCGUAUCGGGACAAAUCAGCAGUGGAGCGCUUCCUUCCGACCAUGAAGUUUUGAAAGCUACACAGGAGCUCGCGGCGGCCACUGACGGUGAGCGCGCCGACCGCGCGUGGCUCACGCUUAUCGCCCGCGACCGACAGCACCCCGACCGACUGCAGGAACAACGAGACCUGGCGGCCCACCGGCCCCGCGUCGCGUGGAAAAUAGACUCCACCCUCAAUCGACACGACGAUGCGCUGCACAAUUUUUUCAGAAUAGAUAACCCCUCCCCAACCGAUGUGGACGAACUCUUCGAGUAUAUUCAAUCAAAAAUCGAAGCGAACGGAAUCGAGAUCGAUCUAAAACCUCACCUUCCGGCGUUGAUAGAGCUCCGACCGGGAGCGGCGGCCGCGGUCCUGCCCGACCGUUAUUCGAACGAAGUGGAGGCUCUUUUGGAAAAGACGACUAGUGAAAAGUCGUUGGAGUUCGCCGAGAACCUGCUCGAAAAGGGGCAGCUCCGAGGGGACGCGGCGGCUGCAUAUUUUAAAGCGCUCUGCACGCUCCGGCCGACCGCCGCGGUAGGUUUUCUCGCGAAGUACCCGGGCGUCGUCCGACCGGAACGGGCCCUCGCGAUCGUACGGGAGACCGGUGCGACGGACGCCGAAGCGGUCUGCUCGGAGGCCGCCGGCGACCCGAGCGGAGCUCUCGACUCUAUCCUGCGACGUUUGGACGCGGGGAACGAGAAGGAAGUCGCGGCCGCCGUCGUGGAGGCGGCCGAGCUUUGCGCGAGAGUCGCCCCCGGCGCCCCGCCGGCGGUCGCCGAGGAGAUGUGGACCCGUCUCCUGGGGAGGGCGCCGUCGGUGCCGCCCUCUGUGAUCCUGGAGGCGGCGGCGUACGUGCCGGCGGAGACGUUGAUAGCGCGCGCGGGAAAGUGUCCGCGUGGCGUGUCGGCGUUACUGAGUUGUGCGGCGAGCGGGCGGCGGGCGUGGUGGUGCGGCGCGCGGGUGGCGGGGCGGGAAGCGCACGAGGCGGUGGCGCGCGCGCUGGCGGCGGCGCGGCGCGGCUUGAGCGUGCGCGGGCGGUGCACGGGCUGCGGCCUGCGGCUGGCGGCGUGCCCGCCCGUCGUCACCACGCACUGCGCGCGCGCGCGACACCUCGACUGCGGACAGGAGAUCACGUGCACGUGCGGCAGGCGGGUGCCCGACGUCGUGUGGUCGCCGCCGCAACGCACGCGCCGCUCCCUCUCGCCGCCGCGGGAACACGACCUGCAACUGGUCGCGCCGCCCCGUCCUGAUCUCGAGGGCAUCGUUUAG